CCGGUGUGAAAGCGGACUGUAAACAGUUGUACAGCGGUUAGCUCUAGAAGCUAACGGACUUUAAUGCAGCUUUAAAAACAAACGAAGACGUUUGUGACUUUAACCCAGAAUGGUUUCUUCCCUCCCCCUCUCCUCCCUUCGCCUCCUUGUCCCUCCCCUCCGCCUGCUGACGGCGGUGAUGUGGCAGGUCGCCCAGCAGCAAAGUGCGAGGCAUUAUGGGAUGCUCGAGGACUUUGUUGCCUUGGUUACUGAGGCCAUCCCUCAACUGCUGACGGACAGACAGAGGAGUCUGCUUCUGCUCGCUCUGAGGGCCAAGGCGGCUCUCAGUGACCCCGACCCUCAGUCUGUCCAAGUCCACGUGGACAAAGUCCUCUCAGUCUGUGAGAGUGGGGAUGAAGAGGUGACCGGAUGGUGUUCAGCUCUGUCGACACUCGCAGAUAAACUGGUCCACAGUCCAGCAGACAGACAGCGCCUCCAGCAGGAGGUUUUCAGCCAUAGCUUUGACUCCGCCCUCCAGUCUUUCAUAUCUGACUUCCUGUCCAGGAUCGAGCAGCUGUUCCCAGUGCCUGACUUCAAACAGGCUGCUUCUUGGCUCGAUGCUGCCCCCGGUGGUGUUGAGGAGUGUUUACAGGAGGCCAAUAAGGUGGACUUUAGGGAGCUCCUGACCAAUCAGAGCUGUCAAAUGGAACAGGCAACAACCACAGUGAGUCCUGACUCAGAGAAAAUCCUCUUCUUGGCCUGGUCCCACCCCCUCCUCACCAAGCUGACCAAUCCUGACCCUCCUGCUGAAGCAGAGGUCCAAUCAGACGCUCUCCCUGCCGAGCUGAGCCCUCUGCAGCUGGACGUGGAGCUAGUGAAGGUGGAGGUGGUGGUGAUGACAGAGGACGAGCAGGAGGAGGUGGAGGAGAUGGUGAUCAGUAACACCGUGUUGCCAGGGGAACAGGAAGCGUCCAAUCAGAGCUCAGCAGUGGGCGGGGACGAUUGUAUCAUCACACCUGUGAUUGAUGAGGAGAACAGGUCAAAGGAGUCAGCCGACCAAUCAGAUCAGUCCUGCUCUGAGGUCCCAGCCAACGCUCUGUACAGCAUUUCCCAUAAUUCUCAGCGGGUGGCUCACAGGUGUCCACAGUGUGGGAAAUGUUUCAUCUACCGCUCUCAGGUGAUCCGUCACCUGCGUGCCAACAAGUCCUGUGGCUCAGCCUUAACCAGGACCAGAUCAGUGAACCUGCAGACUGUAGCCGGUGGUCAGGAUCCAGAUCCUCCCCUGGAGCCCUGCUCCCCAGAUCCCCACCCCCCUAGGUCUCACUCGUGCUUCCAGUGUAACGCCAUCUUUAAAACCAACGCGGAGCUGCUGUCUCACCAGCGCAGCCAUCGGACCCGGCCCGUCUACCAGUGCGACCAGUGUGAGAAGUCGUUCCACCAUCUGUCCAGUCUGACCAAUCACAAGCAGACUCACCUGGAGAAGGUGAGUAAGGGAGGGUUCACCUGCAGCAAGUGUGACAAAGUGUUUGAGUCUGCCAAAGAGAGGGACGCUCACCGGCUGCAGCACCGCCUCCCUGACCUCACCUGUACGGUGUGUGAGCAGACGUUCAGCUCGCAGAUGCAGCUGCUGCGACACCUGCAGACGCACUCAGUGGAGGGGGCGGAGCCACGCUACGACUGCCGUUAUUGUGACCAGACAUUCAUGGGUGUGACCCAGCUGCGGAUCCACCAGCGUCUGCACACGUCCCGUUCGUAUCAGUGCGAUAUCUGCAGUAAGGCGUACGGCUCCCUCACCGGCCUGCACUCCCACCGGGCCAGCCACAGCGCCGAGAGCCGCUUCCUGUGCUCACAGUGCGGCAAACGCUUCAAAACCCGCGAUGGGCUGGAGGGUCACCUGAGGACGCACACUGGCGAGCGGCCCUACCGCUGCCCCUACUGCCCCAAAGACUUCACCGCGCUCGCCGGGCUCAACGUCCACGUACGGCGGCACACCGGGGAGCGCCCGUACGUGUGCACGGUGUGUGGGAAGGGCUGGCCGUCAGGAGGAGACCUGCAGAAACACAUGAGGACGCACACGGGGGAGAGACCGUACGUCUGCCAGGACUGUGGGAAAGCCUUUUCUAUUUCCUGUCACCUGACUGAGCACCGCAGGAUUCACACAGGAGAGAAGCCGUUCUCGUGUCCUGAAUGUGGGAAAUGUCUGAGGAGGAAGUUUGACCUGAAGAAGCACAUGUUGGCUCACAGCAGUGUCCGUCCAUACGGCUGUGUCUACUGCUCCAAGAGCUACACACGCAAAACUCACCUGAACAGACACCUGCUGACACACCGCACAGGUGACGGGGAGGCGGAGCCAGAGACCAAGGAUGAGGCCUGAGAGCUUUGCAUGUUUUGAUGAGCUCUGAACACAGAACAGCUGAUUUCUGUUUCACACCACUGCUGUUUCACACGGCACAUUAAAGACCUCUCAGACAGAUACACCACCUUUAACUACAGCAUUAACACACUACCUGUAGAUGUACCUGUGUAGAAUAUGACGUCUACAGUUUCAUGUUUAUACUCAUUUCCUGCUGCUGAGUCUGAUCUUUAUUAAAAUGUUUGAUUCUGACGUGAA